GCGGUCCGCGCACUCAGAUUCUCGCGGUCGAAACGUUACAACGAGCAAUUGUAAAACAUUGGUCCAUUUUUGCUAACUAUUUCUGUCACGAUGGGAAUACACGGACUGGCCAAGCUGAUUGCUGAUCACGCACCUGGAGCCAUCAAAGAACAAGAUAUAAAGAACUACUUUGGCAGGAAAAUUGCCAUAGACGCCUCCAUGUGCAUCUACCAGUUCCUGAUUGCUGUGCGACAGGAUGGUAAUGUUCUGCAGAAUGAGGACGGAGAGACUACUAGCCACCUGAUGGGAAUGUUCUACCGUACGAUACGUAUGUUGGAGAACGGCAUCAAGCCCGUGUAUGUUUUUGAUGGAAAGCCGCCGCAGCUCAAGUCUGCUGAGCUUGAGAAGAGAGGAGAGAGGAGAGCCGAAGCGGAGAAGUUGCUUGCUCAAGCCCAGGAAUUGGGUGAGCAGGAGAACAUCGACAAGUUCUCCAAGCGUCUUGUUAAAGUCACCAAACAGCACAACGACGAGUGCAAGCAGCUGCUGACGCUGAUGGGAGUGCCUUACAUCGAGGCUCCGUGUGAAGCUGAGGCCAGCUGCGCCGCUCUGGUUAAAGAAGGGAAGGCGUUUGCCACUGCAACAGAGGACAUGGACGGGCUGACCUUUGGGACAAAUGUCCUGCUGAGACACCUCACUGCCAGCGAAGCAAAGAAGCUUCCCGUUCAGGAGUUCCACUUCAGCCGCAUCCUGCAGGACAUCAGCCUGACCAACGAGCAGUUCGUAGACCUUUGCAUUCUGCUGGGUUGCGACUACUGCGGCACCAUCAAGGGGAUCGGCCCCAAGCGAGCCAUCGACCUGAUCCGACAGCACGGCUGCAUUGAGAACAUCCUGGAAAACAUCGACUCCAACAAAUACCCCGCUCCAGAGGACUGGCUCUACAAGGAAGCCAGGAGCUUGUUUUUAAAGCCAGAGGUGGUGGACUGCUCCUCCGUGGAGCUGAAGUGGACCGAGCCGGACGAGGAGGGGCUCGUCCAGUUCAUGUGCAGCGAGAAACAGUUCAGUGAGGACAGGAUCCGUAACGGCUGCAAGAAGAUUGUGAAGAGCAGACAGGGCAGCACGCAGGGGCGGCUCGACUCGUUCUUCACCGUCACCGGAUCCCUGUCCUCCAAACGGAAGGAGCCGGAGAUUAAAGGAUCAGCAAAGAAGAAGCAGAAAACCGGAGCCGCUCCCGGGAAAUUCAGAAAGGGCAAAUAGACAAAACACGAUUCUUGAUGUUUAUAGUGCGUAAUAAAUAAGAGUUAUGACUGCGCCUUGGAAAGGUUUGAUCCAAGGAGCAUCUCAGCUGAAGCUUUGUUUUAACGACCAAACAAAAUCCAGUCAAGCUGUAGAUCAACGUUCAAAUGUUUUCACAGGAAGUGCUUGAAAUAAAAAUGUUCUUUUAGUAAAAA